AUGAGUACAGAAAACUUUCGUUUUUACAUCAAAACCCGUACUGCACUUAAUAUUCAAGCAAGAAUUAUUCAUGAUGAAUUGUAUUCUGUUUAUGGUGAUCAAGCUCCUUCUCUUAGAACAGUGGAAAGAUGGUCCAAGUUAUUUCGUGAUGGUCGAGAAGAACUUGAAGAUACAGCACGACCUGGUAGACCUAUCACUGAAACAACAUCUGAAAACAUCGAACAGAUUCGUCAGCUUAUCGAUGAUGAUCCUUAUCUUACAAUAGAAGAGUUACAAGAGCAAACUGAUUUAAGUUACGGUACGAUUCAUCGAAUCAUCACCAAUCAUUUAAACCUUAGAAAAAUUACCGCACGUUAUAUACCGAAAGAUCUUACUGAUUUUCAACGGGCUGAACGAGUUCGAAUAUGUAAAGAAAACUUAUCAAAAUUUCAACAAGGAACAUGGCGAUUAUGUGACAUAAUUACUGGUGACGAAUCGUGGUUUUAUCAUAAACAGAUUGGUCGAAAGUCGUCAAAUGCAGCGUGGGUGAGAAGAGGAGAUCCUCCACCUACUGUAGUUCGUCAAAGUAAGUAUGCUCCAAGGACCUUAUUAGCCAUCUUUUUCAAGUCGAACGGUCCUCUGCUUAUUCAUCGUUUGGAACGAGGACAGACUAUGGACCAUCGUUAUUAUAUUGAUAAUUGUUUACGUCCUCUUAUCGAUGAAAUUAAACGUCAAAGACCUUCAUGUGGAACCCAUGACAUUAAAAUUCAUCAUGACAAUGGAAAACCACAUGUUCAUAGGGAUGUGUGUACUUAUCUUGAAUCAAAAGGUUUUACAAUUAUGCCACAUCCACCUAAUUCUCCGGACCUAGCUCCUUGCGAUUUUUGGUUAUUUGACUUAAUCAAAGAUAAUCUGUCUGAUCAAAGUGAUUCACAAUCAUUAUACGACGCGGUGGUCAAUUUCAUGUAUUCUUUGAGUAACGAAGAAUACAAAAAAACCUUUGAAAAAUGGAUGGAAAGAAUGCAAUUAUGUAUAGAUAAUCAAGGUGGUUAUUUCGAACAUUUGAUAAAAUAAACAAUUGAUAAACUCGUCCUUGUAGUUUUUUUUUGUUGUAUCACUAUUACUUCUUGUUCACUAUGAAAUAUAUAGAUAACUAGUUAUUAUAAGAGAUAAGAAAAUCAUGAUGAAAGAACGAGAAAAAAAAGGAAAAACAGCGAAAAAAAACACGUGUAGAUGAUUUUAUGCACUAUUACAACCAGCUAGAGUUCAACGAAAAAAGGUUUUGCCCAGAUUUUAUUAUAAUGUUCUUAGUUGAAUAUUGAUCAAAUAGCAUAGAAAAAUAGAGCAUCUUUCGUUCUAUCGAUUGGUAAAAAGAGAAAUUUUUUUUCACUUAUAAAUAAGAAAAAAAAAGGUCUCCGCCACUACUUUUGGAUAACCCUAAGUACUAUCUCAAAUAUAAUUAUGUUACGCUAAUCAUAACUCAGAAACGUUCCAGCAUAUUUAGACUUAAUUGUAAUCACAUCAUCAAACUUAUUAAUUGAUCUAAUAAAAAUCAAACACUUAAAAUCUUUAAGAUAAACGACUCAACUCAGAGUGACGCAAAUGAUCCAGAAAAUGGAUGAACAUAAGAAAUAAAAGACAAACUGAACUAUUUUAAAUAUUAUUAAUAAUUAGUUUUUGGAAGAGAAAAUUCAUUUUUUCUCUGUCAAAUGAAAGACUUUCAAAUCAAUCUAUUUAGUUUUGAUGAAAUCUGUAGCAACAAAAAUUUACAAACUUUUAGUAUUCAUUGACGAAAACUUCAAGACAUGAGGUGAACGUAUUAUUCACAUGAAGCAUGAAAAGUUUUUCUUAUAGAAUUAUCUUACAAGUAACGUUCGUCGGUACGACUCACUUUACCCUCGACUGAAUUCAUUAUAUUUAUUCUGAUUAUCCUUGACAAACACAUAUAUGAUUGAGUAAACCACAAUGUCUAAAGAUCGGUUCUUCUCCACGAGUGAAAGAUAGAAACGAAAUAAAUUAGAACGUAUUAGCGCUCAGAUUAUUCCUCAUUAGAAUUCAAACACCUUCAAUAGUUUUAGAACUUCAAUCGUUUUUCGUAGAUUGAGCUAAACAUGACUUCCAAAGUGUUUUAUUCGCGUAAUGACACAGAUUGCGCCUAUAGAAUUAAGUCCUAUGCGUAUCACCUAACUUCAUAGAGUAUACGACUUUCCAGCGUGGGUUUGGAAUAAAACCUUCACAUGAUUCAGAUUUAGAUCUGAUGAUGAAUGGCUGUGGCGGAUUUUACACUCACAAAGAAUAAAAAACUAGAGAGAAUCAUACAACCUCCUAGAACUAAAUGCUUUCUGAUGUGUUUCAAGAG